GAAACACGAACCUCGGAGCGGCGCGGAGGGGGUCACACCCCCUUUCUCUUUACACCGCAGACUCCGGCCGACACACGCACACACACACGCGCACACAUACACGCAUCCAUACACGCGCACACACGCACGCACACGCUUGACAUAUUAGGCACAGCAGCGCAGACACACAGACGACAGGGGGAGAAAUUGCCUUUAAUUUGUUCAUGCAAUAUUACGCCGCGCUGCCUGAAUGUGACGCGACAACACGGAACGACAACGCGUGACCGAUUUGCGGUGGGCUGGCUGCAGUAAUGUCCAGAGCCACUAAAUCCGCCUCGAGGUCCCGGAGCCGCUCCAGGUCCCGCAGCCGCUCCAGGUCCCGGUCAAGAUCCCGCUCCACCUCGAGCUCCAGAAGUCGCACCAGAUCCCGGUCCAGGAAGCGCCACCAACGCUCUAGGUCUCAGUCUCGGUCGUGGUCAAGAUCUCAUUCUCCAUCUCACAACCGGGAGAAGAAAUAUUCGAGGGGAUACCAGAAUGGUCGUGAGUUCCGGGGAUACCACCGCGGCUUCUGGAGGCCGUACAACUUCAGGGGCCGAGGGCGGGGCUUCUUCCCACACGGGCGUUUCCAGCGUGGUGGCUAUAACAAUAACAACUACAACAACAACAACUUCCGCCCCAACUGGAAGAAUUACAAGCAGUACCCGCAACAGCCGCAGCAGCAACAGCCGCAGCAGCAAAGCCAGUCACGAGGACGCUCUCACAACCUCCAGCAGCGCUCCGGAAGCCCCCCCCACGGUCACUCCCACCACUCUGACCGAUCCUUCUCGCCCUUAUCCAGACACUCGCAGCAUUCUUCCUCUUCCUCACACUCCUCCUCUCCCAAAUGGAAGCCAUCCUUGUUGCAGACUAACCAGAACUCCAAAGAUGUGAAAGAGGAGCUUUCUGCCUCAAAGGAGGUCCAAAAGGGAGGAGGGGCAGAUGAGGAGCCAGUGGAGGUCAUCGGGGCGUCGGCAGAAGAUGCCAAAGAAGGCACAUGCCGCGGGAAAACGGAGGGUAGCUGGCAGAGCCUGAGCGACUGCAGAAGCAGUCCAAAGAGAACCAGUCCUCUGGCAAGCUCUGCUGGUAUUGUUGGUCAGAACAGCCAAACUUCAAACCAGUCAAGCCCCUCCCCUAAAAUCACAAAUGACGUCGGCAAUGGCGCCCCCUCCUGGAAGGCGGUGUGUUCAUCCUCAACCCAAAAAAACCCACACGAAGGUCUAAAUCCAAUGCUUUCCAGAUUUGACUUCUUCUCCAACGAGGAAUACCUGGAUGGAGAUCAGACGGCAAUCUCUGUGGCCUUCAGACAGUUUUUGGAGGAGCAAAAAAAAAAAGCCAAAGCUUUGGAAAAUGGCAAGUACGCGGAAGCACAUGAUGUGGAUACGGAGCAAGGGAAGGCGAAGGGCAAAGCAUCCGCCAAUAUCCCCGACUCAGUGCAAAGAAAGUACAGAGAGGACAUUGAUGGCGAAGUGACUAUGAAAAGCUUUUUGAAAGCGUCUCCUUUUCUGUCUGAGGACGAGGCCAUAAUCAAGCCUCAGAUGAAGUCCCUUCACAAAGACUGGUACAAUGGGGGCGAGUCCUCUAAGACAAAGAUCAAGGUCACUCACUCAGCCCGGGAAAUGUUUGACGAAUGCUUUGGGAAAUGGCAGAAUGUGGCCUUCUCACACAUGGCUAACAGUGACCUUGACGACAUGGAAGAGGACAUACAUCCCGCUAGAAAGCAGGAUGUAGCAGCGGCCAUCGCUGCUGCCCUCGCCAAGAGGGAGUUGGCGGGGAAAUGCGAGGGACUGUCCCCAGCCGUGGGUGGUAAAGCCAGGAAGAUGGCAAAAUCUCCCUGCAUCUCAUCUGCGACACCACCACCGAGGAGGAGGAGCUCCGACAAAGAGCUCAGGGGAGAGGACUCGCAGUUCAUGUCCUCAAGAAAACAAGAAACUAAAUUAUAUAUCAAAAUGGAUUUCCUUGGAGAUAGCAUGAUGAGGUCUUCUGACAUUCUAGCUGAGGAGCGACAGUUGUCUCAGGAUCUUGUGCAGUCCUCGAAAAAGGAUCAGGAGUUUCGCUCCAUCUUUCAACACGUCCAAGUGGCUCCGUCACAGCGGAGUCCCUCCGAGCUGUUUGCUCAGCACAUUGUCACCAUCGUUCACCACACCAAAGCUCAGCACUUUCCAUCCUCUGAAAUGACUCUAAACGAGCGAUUCACCAUGUACCAGAGACGAGCUGCAGAGAAGGAAAUGAUGAAGCCAAGAAAAAGCCCAGAGAUACACAGGAGAAUUGAUAUUUCACCAAGUGCUUUUAAGAAACACUCUCAACUUUUUGAGGCGAUGAAAAGCUCAGAGGAUGGCACUUACAAGGAUGGCGGGGAAAAAAUGACGGGCGACCCGAUGGACCUUCGUUUGGAUAUCGAGCGCCGUAAAAAAUAUCCCAUCCUUGACCGAGAUUAUAAUAAGGAUCGGGGAGAAGAGUGGGGAAAUUCCCCACAUUCUAGUACAGACAGAUCUGAGGAAAAGUUAUCCAAAUCGAGCGAGAGAUCAAAGAAAAGUCAGAAGAAGCGCUCUCGCUCAAGUUCGUCCUCAUCUUCCUCGUCCUUCAAGUCCCAAAAAGAAGAUUUGCCCCAUGGCAAGUCUGAUCCCACAGAUAAAGACUCUGACAGGGCCCAACUGAGUCAAACCGAUUCAUCAGGACCAGUUGCAAGAGGAAGGCCAAGUGGAGGAUUUCAAGUUCGUAUUCGUGGAAGGAGCUGGAACCGCGGCAACGAUCAGGGAAUCGGUUCACGGAGUAACGUGAUGGCGAACAUGGCGGCACAGCCACAAAAUGAAGACUGGGACCCAGAGUUUACUCCCAAGAGCAGGAAAUACUACUUGCAUGACGACAGAGAGCGGGAGGCAGAGUGCAAGAUGAUGGACAGCCGAGGCCGAAGGCGGGGAAGCUUCUCGCGGGGGCGGGCGCGAUUCAUCGUCCGCAAAGCCACCGGGGGCCCCAACACCAACAGCCCCAAAUGGGCCAAUGACAAGUUCCAGAUCAACGGGGAGCGAGGUGACGCGCACGAGGAGACAGAGCAGGACCAUCCAGAACGAGAGGACAGCAUACUUGAGCAAUAAAGCAGGGAGCUAAACAUCUUAAUGUUCUUUCUGUGUCGUUAUGGCAUCUGAAUUAGUGAUUUCAUCCACCACGAUGGAUUCAUAAAUGCAGACUAGGACUCCGUUAUGCCUUCACGUCAGCGUAGGAUACUCGCUCUGAACGAUUUUCCAUUUCUGGAUAGAACUCAUAGUAGAAGCACUGUAUAUGGGUGAAUUGCUGUUUCUUGAAUAAGAAGUUGGAUUUAUUUCCAAAUGAUGUAUUGCUUUAUAUGGUUUGGUGUAAUUUUACUCUUAUGUUGCAGGAAUGAUGAAAACAAAACAAAAAGAAAACUCCAUUUGACAUUUUUAAGUAGCAAGUGAAAACCAGAGCAUAGAUCAAAUGAGCUUGUACCUUCUACUUUUGCAAAUGAAGAAAUGUUUUGUGAGUUAAAAGAUGAAUAGUUUUAGAAAAGCUUGUUGUUUUGAGCCAUGUCUGGAUUAGAAUGACAGCGAUACGUACACUGUAGUUCAUGUUCAAUGCAGCACUCGACACAAGACCCUGAUCUGACAUGGGACCAAACUGUACGGGGUCAAAGGUUAUGCUCUACUGUCUUUCAUCGUACUACAGCCAACAGAUCUACAAUACUACCUGACACCAUGCGAGAGCGGUACUAUGAGGAGAACUGUACAUUUAUAAUGUUGCUCAUCAAACAUUGUGCAGUUAAGAUAUUUCGAUACAUCACAGUUGCUCUUUCUUUGAUCUUGGACACCACAAAUCAAUGUAUAAUAUUGAUUGUGAUUAUAUAUAUAUUUUCUCCAAAAGACAUUCAUAGUUUUUGUACCUAGGUAGACAGGAUUUUGUCUGCAAAGUAAUAGAUUUAGAUGUUUUUCACUCGCUGAUUGCAAAUAUUGAUUUAAUCAGUUCUGUAAAUUGUAAACGGUUAACAUUGUGAUAGAAGCGGCUCAACAUUUGCAUUUGUUUAUACAAUACAAGGCAGUUUAUAGAGCAACGGUGACACUAUGUCUAAUAAUAUUAUGAAUGUUGCUAAAUGCAUAUUUUUAGGAUUAAGUCUAGGAUUAAGUCUUGGAUUAAGCUCAUGUCUGUUUGGCUGACAUCCCAUACAAUACAAUUACAUGUUCGUGUGCCUUGCUGCGGGUCCGCUGGUCUUCAGGCCUACAGAUUGAGAUUCACGUGUUUAAAAGUUUUAAAUGUUUAACGGUUACAUGCUUGGGGAAUAUUGCUUUUCUAAAUAGGUGUUGUUAUUGUUUUUUCCCUUUUUUUGGAGAAUGUAAAUUAAAGAGACACUGAUUUCUUUAA